AUGAUAUUUUCAAUAGUUUGUGCUUAUUUAUUAAUUACAACACAAACUUUAUGUCGUGCCGAAAACGAGAUCAAGUCAGAGGAAGAUGUAGGUGUUAAAUAUGCAAAUCGUUGUGAAGUUUGCAAGAUUUUGGCUACAGAGCUACAAGAGAGGCUUGAGCAGACCGGUAAAGUACACGAUGUGAUAGAAAUUGGUUACUCGCUCGAUGACGUGCAACCUAAGAAGAAGACCAAGUAUCAGAAAUCGGAGCUGAGGUUGAUAGAAUCACUGGAAGGCGUUUGUGAAAAGAUUCUGGAGUACAACAUUCACAAAGAACGUCAGGAUAGUACGAGGUUCGCUAAGGGGAUGAGCCAAACGUUUAAAACUCUACAUGGUUUAGUUGACAAGGGUGUGAAGGUGGACCUUGGGAUUCCUUUAGAGUUGUGGGACAAGCCAUCAGCUGAGAUUACUCACAUGAAGACACAAUGUGAGAGUCUUUUGGAGGAGAAUGAGGCAGCUGUUGAGGACUGGUACUGGAACCAUCAAGGGGAGGUAGAUCUGAUCAAGCACUUGUGUACUUACAAUGCGUUGAAGGGGACGGAUGACUCAUGCUUGAAUGAACAACUGACUACUGCCAAGGGUGAGCGGGGAUCAGACAAGUCGGAACUAUGAGAGUUAACAUUGUUUUAGAAAGUAGGUACAAGAACAAUCUGCAUUGAAUGAGUCUGUGUUUAUGAACUUUGUGAUACCAUGAAGGCAUUUCUACUGUAAUAUUUAUUGUAAGAUUAGUAGUUACUAGAUACUUAAGUGUAAUAGUGUAGUUAGUGAAACUGAAUUAUUGAUACCUCAAGUUACUGUACAUUAUGGUCUCUGUUGUAUUACUUAAAUAUUUAUUUUUAUAACUUGAAACAACUUAUGAUCAUUUGUUGCGACGUCAGUGGACAAACCCAGUUUAUUUUGUAUAAGAACUAUUAUUAAUUUGUAUGUCUCUUUUAUCAGUGUUUUGUAUUUGGAUCAACUUAUUUCUUUUAUUUUUGUAUCUGAAUAUUGACUGUACCAUAUUUUUUUAGAAAUAAAAUAUAACUUUACCACUUUCA